AUGAUGAUGAUGAACCUGAACACCAAACUUUCUUACUUCGAAGUUCCACACUCGCCACUUGUCAAACGAAGUUUUCUUCUUUCCCCACUUGUGAUAAUGGCCGCCUCAUCUUUGUCACUUACAUCUCCAUUCCAUUUCAGAAAACCCCACAGCAGGAUUUCACCUUUCAAUGCUCAUCCUCUCAUCCAAAAGGGCGCACAAUCUUUUAAAUCAAACUUCUCAUUCUCAACCCUUCAUGCUUCCCCCCAUUUUAAACCCCCUAUUGCAAUUGCCCCUUCCUCACUGACCCAAACAAGAGCUUCUUCCAACGAAUGCUUUGACCCUGCCGAUGAAGCCGAAAGGUUGCUGCUUUAUAGGGAAAAACCAGUUAAAUUUGCCUUCUGGGUCAUAUUUUGGGCCUCCUUGUCCCUGGCUUGGUUUGCCGUUUCAAAGGAUGCUAAUGCUGCUGUUGACUCUAUCAAAGCCUCUGGCUUUGGCUUGAAAAUUGCCAAUUCGUUGAGGAAAUUGGGUUGGCCUGAUGGGGUUGUGGUCUUCACCCUUGCCACUCUUCCUGUGCUUGAGCUUCGUGGGGCUAUUCCUGUCGGUUACUGGAUGCAACUCAACCCCACAACUCUAACAAUCUUGUCCAUUCUGGGGAACAUGGUCCCUGUGCCAUUCAUUGUACUCUACCUGAAAAGAUUUGCGACAUUCCUCGCUGCGAGGAGCUCUUCUGCGGCGCGAUUGCUUGACAAGCUGUUUGAGAAUGCCAAAGAGAAGGCUGGUCCUGUGGAGGAGUUUCAGUGGCUUGGUCUGAUGCUGUUUGUGGCUGUUCCUUUUCCUGGAACAGGAGCAUGGACUGGAGCGAUUAUAGCGGCCAUUCUUGAUAUGCCAUUUUGGGCUGCUGUAUCUGCUAAUUUCUUUGGUGUGGUGUUUGCUGGGCUGCUAGUAAAUUUGCUAGUGAACCUUGGUCUGAAGUAUGCUAUCAUUACUGGUAUCAUCCUUUUCUUUGUUUCCACAUUCAUGUGGAGCAUCCUUAGAAAUCUUAAAAAAACAUUGAGCUCGUCAAAUUGA